AUGAAAAAGAACUUCAAAUUUUAUGCUAGAUUAGUUCUAUUUUUAAUUAAACUCUUAAAAACUAAAAAAUCUUAAAAUUAAUAAUCAUCAGAAUAAUAACAUACUAAACAUAACCACUAAGAAAUAGCUAAAGACAUAGCAGGUGCAACCCUUUCAGGAGCAACAGCUGUAUGUGCUACACAAGGAAUAAUAUCUGCUCUAGGAUUUUCAUCAGCAGGUAUUGCUGCUAAUAGCAUAGGAGCUACGAUGAUGUCAUCUGCAGCUAUAGCUAAUGGAGGAGGAAUUGCAGCAGGAUCUUUAGUUUCUAUACUUUAAACUGCAGGGGCAGUAGGUUUAGGACCUGUUAGUAUUGCUAUUUUUCUAGGGGGAUCAGCUGUAUAUGGAUUAAAUAAAUUAUUUAGAAAAAUGUGA